AUCAGUAUGUACAGCCGCUGCGCUGCCACACACCACUUCACUGGCAACACACAUUGAAAGCUACUUUCUGUUUUGGAGUUAAAAGCUUCUGAAGACCAGCAUUAAAACAUUUCUGCAGGAUUUUAUGCUGUGAACGCUACUGUGCUGAAAUGGGUGGACAGGUAACCCGCUCCACUUCAGACACAGGGACCCUUCACUGCCAUCCCUUGAAGGCGAACAUGUGCCCACAGCUGCCAGCCCCCCUGCCGCUCUGUUUCCAUGCCAACACGAAAGGCUCUCAGAUUGUGAUGGACAAGACACAGCGCAGUGUGCGGCGGAUUGCCAGCUUCUGCAAUGCCAUCACCUUCACCAGCCGCCCAGUUGGGGUCUACGAGCAGGUCCGGCUGAAGAUCACAAAGACACAGGGAUGUUGGAGCGGUGCCCUGCGGGUGGGUUUCAGUAUUGUGGACCCAUCUAAUAUAAGUUCAGCAUGGCUGCCGCGGUUCGCUUGCCCAGAUCUAGUCAGCGAGCAGGGAUUUUGGGGCAGAGCGCUUCCUGAGGAACAUUGUGAAGAAGGAACUAUUCUGUCGUUCUGGCUGGAUAACAUAGGCCGAGUGUUUUACAGGGUGAACGGCGGCUCUCCGAUCUUCUUCUUUAGUGGUGUACCAGCUGGAGAACCAGUGUGGGGCAUCAUUGACAUUUACGGGCUGACACGUGGUGUACAUCUACUCGACUGUAAGAUGCUGCCAGCUGAAUAUCUCAGUCCUGCAGUGACUCACGAAGGCAUGGAUGACUGGCAUCUGUCCAGCGGCUGCUCAGAGUUUGACCUCCAGGAGGAUCUGCCAUCUUUCUCCAGCUCUCCAAACGCCCUAAACUUGCUGCUGUCUCAUCAGCUCAGCGAUGACCUACAUUUCCACAGCGUCCACGGCAGUGCUCUGCGUCUGCUGACCGAACACAUUGCUGUGCGUUACUACAACAGACGCGAGGCCUGCGCUUUGGUGUUCACACACCGGCCACUGCGCUGCGGAGAGUGUGUGUUCCUGAAGGUCUCGCUCAGGUCGUCAGGAUUUUUGUCUUAUGGAUUCACUUCUUGCAAUCCAGCUCAUGUAAACUCAAAGCACCUGCCGGUGGAUCCGGAUGAACUGCUGGACCGGAAGGAGUUUUGGGCUUUUAGCAGCAUGACCUCAGCACUUGUCGGCGGAGACAUCAUCGGUUUCCGGGCAACAGCGGAGGGGGAGGUGCUUGUGAGUCAUAAUGGAGGCAGAGCUCGUAGAGAGAUGUGUGUGGAUAAUUCAGCUCCUCUUUGGAUGAUCUUUCACUUGCAGACACACAUCAAACAAAUCAGCAUACUGGGCACUUCCCGUGGUUACUCUCCCUCCUGUUCAGAAACACAGAGGUCCAUCUUUAGUGAUGCCAGUCACCUCUCUGCCAAUCAGAUUCACAGUACAGCCGUCAGGAGAUGUACAGACAGCUCUCAGCCCCGCCCACACAGCCUCAGUAGUUCUUUGGGAACAGCAUUUGGUUCACUAUCCUCAGAGUCUCCAUCCUGCUGUGCUUUGACUGGAGAGGAGUGUUUGAUUUGCUGUGAUAGGCCGGUGGACUCAGUGCUGUAUGCUUGCGGACACAUGUGUGUGUGCUCCGACUGUGGUGUGAAGCUGACGGAGACGUCCAACCCAUCCUGCCCUGUGUGUCGCAGCCCUAUCAGAGACAUCAUUAAAAUAUACCGCAGCAUGUGACCUGGCAGGCAUCACUCCAAAAUACUGCUUACUAAAUCUGGAAGGUUCUAAGGAGGCAAAGGUCAGUGUCCUGGUUGAGAAAUGCUUCUCAAGUCCAUUAAAAAGCUGCUUGAGCUCAGCAAGAGGCGUUAAAGGACUGUUUUAUUUACUAAGCAUCUGACCAAAAAUGCUGAAAAAACUUGGGAGUGACUGUGUUCAUAUGAUAUGAUGUGCUUAUGGCACUAUGUUAAUACUGUAUAUGUCAUGACUUUAAUAUCUGAUUCUGUAAAUAUGUAUUAAGAUAUGACUAGAUGUGAAUAAUGGGAAAUCUGGUAUUACUGUUACACUAAUACUGAUUUCAGUUUGCUACAGUUUCCCCCACAGUCCAGACAUGCAAUAUAGGUAAAUUGGAUAAACAAAAUUGGCCAUAGUAAAUGAGUGUAUGUGUGAAUGAUAGAGUGUGUUCAUUCUGCUGUGGUGAUCCCUGUUAAAUAAGGGCCUAAACUGAAGUAAAAUGAAUGAUUUCAGGGUUUUUUUUGUAACUUCUUACAGAACUGUUCCACCAUCUAAUAACAUUUAAACGAAAAUUAGUUUCUUUCACUUGUAUAGCAAUCUGAAGUCAGAAUGCAUUGUGGGUUUGAUGUGUUGCCAAAUAUUUGCAGUUUUUUGCAAAACAAAACACUGAAAAAAACACAAAUUUGCUUUUACACACCUACAUUAUAUCCGCAACAUUGUACUGUAAGUGUCAGUAACUUUUGUUUAACUAUGUGGAAUAAAGCUGUAAUUAUAAUGAUACCCAUCA